AUGUCGUUAACAUCAACACCAUUUAGUACCGACGAUGAGCGUUACACCAAUUCGGCGAUGUCGCCUCCACUCCAGAAACAGUUGAUUCAAGAAGUCUCGUUAUCCUACUCAGCACCGUAUACUUCCACAGUUAAACCUUUAAGACAUGACUUACCACUCGCUUUUUCCCCAUUUUCAUUUGAAUCGGAGUAUGAAAAAACUGGAGACUUUCAUUCUCACACUCGUAGCAGCGACUCUCGACUAUCGAAACAUUCAAAGCUUCAUAUUUCCAAAAAAGAUUCUGUAGAAAGACUCUUGAACAACGGCCGCAAAGAAACUGAAUUCUCAGCAAUAUCAGACACAACUCCUUAUUUUUCGGCUCAAUCAGCCACAAAAGCCGCAAGAGUAACUCCAUCGCACACUCCAAGAGAUACUCCCAGAGACACUCCUGUUUCAUUUGAUAGACGAUCCACAAACCGUGUAGAUAGUCCACUAUCCAAUUAUAAUUUGAUAGUAUCGGAAAGUACCACUUUUGAGGAGUUGACGACCAUCACCACAUCAAAGAAUCAAACUACUCGCAAAAAGGAAGUUACAACAGAAAUGCCUACAGUAAACGCCCUGACUAAACAAUUCGAAAUUUCAUCGCAUCAAGAGAGAGUCGUUCCGGUGCGACCAAGAAAAAACUCUAACACGCCUAAAUCCGUAAAUGGAAGUGCCAAGUCCCUACCGAGAGUUGUGGUGAUUAACAAAUCGCAAAAAAACUGCGCCUCAAACCGACCAUCUGUUGUUUACUCUCCAGGCGGCAUAUUAACGACCACCAUUGUUGACAUUGAACCGGCAAGUUUUGGACGACGAACUGAGGAAUAUAAAAUAUCAGAAGAAUACAUAGUCAAAAGAUAUGAUAAUGCGACGCGAAACUUUCAAGGGCUGGAGCGUGAAUUCCAGAAACAACAAGCCACUGAAUACAGAGCUUAUCAAGGAAACAAAGAAACCUAUAAGCAUCGGGACCAAGAAAAGACACAGAGAAGCUACAGUGCAGCAGAAACCGGUCAUUAUAAUGAGUCUCCAGUUGAUACAUCUUCCAUUGAUGAAGUCAAAAAUGUGAUUGAUCGUUGGGAAACUAAGUUUGGAGGAACUGCUACACGUGCAAAUGAAAAACAACUGCGCUCUGUGUCUCGUGUUGAUAUGAAUGAUAACAUUUCAAGAGUUUCUCAAGAUAAAAUAAUUGUUCAUCAAAGAAGCGAGUCUCAGCCAGUCGAACGUAUUAUCCCAAUUUCCCCAAUUCCGCCAUCACAAAAGCCAACAAAAACUACUGAGACCGAGAACGGAGGAGUUUUGCACACCUACGAUGAGCUCAAAACUGUCUACCUCAAACAAACUGUUGAUAUGGGAUCUGUAUCUGCAAAACCAGCAGCAACUCCGAAACCUAUUACGUCUCCAGUUAUGAAAGAGACCAUUGUCUCUCCUCCACCAAUUCCUACACCGUCUCCUACCAUCGAUGUUGCAGAAGAAUUACUUCGACCAGAUGGCAUUUUGACUACUCAACGCACGGAAUUCGCUCAAUAUUCCACGACUGUCACCAAAGAGACCAAACAGGAGGAAGAAUCAAAUUACGUCACUGAUAACAACAAAGUUGCCGCUGAAAAAGAGGAAAAGGUGGUAGUGAUUGAAGAGAAGGAGGACGAAGAGAAGAAACUGAAACCACAGACACCAACUCCUAGUCCUGUUCCGGGACGGACGGAAAGUGUGGCCGUUGAAACCAGAAGUGAUGAAUACCUCCAUAACUUCUUGGAUAGAGACUAUCGCAUCAAGCGAUAUGAAGAGUGGUCAACAACUAAGAGAAUGAGGGAUAGGUCUCAACCUCCAGAGAGAGUAUGUGAUAAGCUUGAGGAGAGUAGAAAUUACAAUUUUCAGCCACUAACAUCGUAUUCUUCUUACUCCGAUCGUUCCAGAUCGAUUGACAGAUCAUAUGAACGCCAAAGAAUGGAAAGUGGAAUGUCUAGAACGUAUUCCGAAGCAAAAAUGUCAACCUACGGUUACACCCACUAUACAUCUACAUCUCAAGGUCGAGGACUUGCAAGCGGAGCCUACACUUCUGGAUUCGGAGGUUUGGUAUCUGGAAUGUCCUCUGCUGGAGCCAUCUGCACCACACAAAUUCGUGAUGCUCGUGAGCGUGAAAAGAGAGAAAUCGGACUUUUGAAUGACCGUCUAGCCGAUUACAUUGAGAAAGUCCGUUUCCUUGAAGCUCAAAAUCAAUGUCUCAGCCACGACAUUGACAUCCUUCGCCGUGGAUUCAGUGGAGGCGGCCACGUUUCAGGACUCUAUGAUACCGAAAUUGCGCAAGCCAAGCGCAUCCUCGAGCAAACAAUCGCUGGACACGCUGCUUUCGACAGAGAUAUUGCCGCUCUUGGCUCCGACAUUGACGCUAUUCGCAAGAAAUGGAUUGAUGCCGUUAAUGCAGUCAAAGCUCAUCGCGAAGAUCAUGACGUUGAUCUUGACAGACUUGCUAAAGUUGAAGCCGAAAUCUCACUUUUCAAGAGAAAAAUCCGUAUUGUCGAAGAAGACGUCAUCAGAAUUCGCAGAGAGAAUGACGGAAUCUACAAUGAAAUUGCACGCAUCAAGCAGCUGACGCACAAUGAAAUCGCUUUGAAAAAUGAGCGCAGUCUGAAUGUUCAAGAUCUUCUUCAACGCAUCAAACUUCUCCAAACUGAAAACAGCACCAGAAUUGAGCAAGAACUUGUCUUCAUUCGUCGUGAUACCACUGCUGAGAACCGUGACUACUUUAGACACGAACUUCAAGCUGCCAUCCGUGACAUCCGUGCUGACUAUGAAGCCAUCAGCAUCCGCAACCGCAACGACAUUGAAGUCUGGUACCGUGAGCAAAUCAGAAAGAUUCAGACUGAAUCCAAACCAGUCAACCAGGAUCUCUACAAGGAAGAGCUUGCUUCAAUUCGCACAACGGUGACAAACGUGAAGAGCAGACUCGCAGAAGUUGAAGGAAGAAACUUCUUUUUGGAAAAACUCAUUGAGGACCUCAGAAACAACGAGGAGUCUAAGUUGUACGAGAUCAGUCUUGCUGAGAAGGACGCUCAAAUUGCCAGACUCCGUGAGCAAUGUACCGAACUUAGCAUCCAAAUGGAGAGGCUAUGCGACAACGAAAUCUCACUUCGUGCUGAAAUCGAGCGCUACCGUGUUCUUCUGAACGGGGCCAACGUAACCACUUAUGUUUCGAACACUCACCCAUCCGGAGUUUCUGUUGGUGGAAUAGUUGGAACCACCAGAGUCAUCUCUCAAACCACCCGAACUAACAGCAGCAGUAACACCAGCUACAGUGGAGUUCCAGCUUCCAGAACAGGAUAUUCUGUGGGAGGAAACAUCGGAGGAAUCUCUGUUGGUGGAACCAUUGGAGGCGUCUCUGUUGGUGGAAACGUGGGAGCUCACGGAGCAUCAGGACAUGUGUCUGGCGGUGCCGCAGGAAGCGUAUCGUCCCUCGUAUCUGAGAAGCGUCCAGACCGAGUUCACGAUGAAAAAGGAGUCGACGCAUCCGGAAGAAGUUUUCACAGCUGGUACUUGGGCACUAUUUCUAUCAAUCAAAUAACUCCAAGUUACAUCGAAUUGAAGAACAUCUGCAAAAUCAGACGUGUUGAUGUAGGAGGUUUUAGAGUUGAGCAAUAUAUCAACGGAGAACUUCUAGGAAGUGCACAGAUCAAUGUUCCACUCAUUCUUGACCCGCAAGAAGUUGUGAGAAUUCAUCACAGACACGGAAAGUAUCUUGGACAGUUUUUCAUGGAUGUCGACGCUUUUGAUAACUCCACCGCUUCUAGAACAUCCAUGUACAAUUACACCGAACCCAAUGAGGAACGCGCCUGGUUCGUGUAUCUUAACUAG